AUGAGUCUCCUUUUUCACACAUCCGGCAACCUUGAAUUUUAUUGUCUGUUUAUUUACAAAUACCAACUGUCUUUACGAAAAAGUCUCAAGAAGAGUGUGAUGGAAACGAAUCUCUUUAUUUCCUGUUUAGUGUUUCUUGCUGCGAUGCGGUACACCAUUUCUUCAGCUGUUACACAUACUGACAAUGUUUUCAGUCUUCACCGUUCAAAAACCUGCUUGCCAGAACAUUUACUCCCAGUGUUUAUGAUGACUUGGAAUGACUAUAGAAUCAAAGUACAUCAGGUAACUUCAGAAGUUACUGCUGAAACAAAAUAUUUUCUUCAGUCAAAUUUGAGAUCUAAUGGCGUAGUGUGUGUUACACAGAAUAUUUCAGCCUUCAAUUUUUCUUUCACUGGUAAUUUUCUCAACCAACCUGUUGAAUUUUAUUUUUAUCAAAUGUUAGGGAAUACUGAAAUUCUCUUCCGAAACAUGAAGACUGUUGAGAAAUAUUCUUUUCAAUGUAACAGGAUUAUGAUAAACAAUCAGGCAGGUAACAUUCCAAUCAACAAAUGGAAAUUUAGUUAUGAAUAUCAAAUACCAGAGAAAAAAACAGUAAUCAUCAAUGGUACAUUAUCAACCAACUGCAAUCCUUUUGAGGAAAAUUCUGAAUCAACUUGCAUUUUUGAAACUGUAUUAAACCUCCAAGGUUUACAGAUUUCUUUGCUUGCAGACGGAAAAAUUGAACGUUCUCUGGACGGCGGCAUGGUUUCAGCUCAUCUAAAAAGAAAGGCGUCUAAUUACCAGUUAGAUCAACUGGUUUUUAACGCUAAUUGGAGUACCUCAGAAGAAGCUUUCCUCCUCUCAGCUGAAAUAGUCUUUGGAGCACAAUCGCUUCUGUCAUUAAAAAUAAACUCAUCAACUCUGAAUAAUAGAGAGUUGAGCUUCGAACUUGUGUCACUGGCAUUCGAUUGGCGAUGGUUUAGCAAUUCUGUGAUUCAACCGACACAAGACGGUCGAAAAGUUGUAGCAUUCUCCGAAGGAAACUACUUAUCUCAUCCAAGUGCUAUACCGAUAAAUUAUUUGUUUGGCUUAGUUGAAAGUAACUCAUCUUCUCGAGUCUUCGAUCUACGACACAACGUCAGCUCUGCCCUUUAUCGUUUUGAAGGCAACAUGACAGUUGACUUAAAGCCCUCGGACUCAGAGCCUCAAAUUGUGACUGAAAUUACACAGAAAGUCCGCACCUCAUCUUUGGAACGAGCGAUUCACUUAGAUCUUCGACAGAUUUUCCAUCAAUUUGGCCAUUGGAAUUGGGAGACAGUAGUUUUGAUGUCGGGAUUGUUCGAUAUGCAUGUAUCUGGACACUGGAAUCAUACGAUACUUCAACUUUAUCGAAAGCGCUUCCAGAUUCACUCGCACGAUGAAGACUAUUUACCCUCAUUGAAUCUCGAGAUCAACUACUCUGAUUCCCUUCGCUUUCAUCAUAUCUUCUCUUUCCCAUUUUUAGCGUGUUCUUAUGGCUUCUUGAUUGAAUUUACCGACCCCUCCUCGUUUGUUCCGGCCCGUGUUCAAAUUUUGUUUCGCGACGAGUUCCAAAGAAAUUAUUCACAAAGUAUUUUACAGUUGAAUCUCUACAAACGAAACGGCUGUUUGAACGCUGAAGGUUCAGCCGAUUCGUUUGAAAUCUUCCGGAUUACUGAUGGAGUUCGAAGGCAGCUCGAAAAGCUUACCAAUUGGAUCGCAGACGACCAGCAUCCUAUCAAUAAACUUUUGCAGCCUAUUUUACAACGAUCCACUCUUGCUCACGCUUUCGGUGACGUAUAUACUUUGUCGAAAGUUUUUUGAUUAUUAUUGUGAUCUCGUGAUGUAGUAAAGAAAAAUAGCUUGUGAAGAUGUAACUCGCUGUAGUCGGCUCCAUAAUUCUCAAGUCAAAACCGUUCAAAACAUAAUUCUUUCAAUUUGAAAUUUUUUAAUGGUGGGAGCAUAUUUUUACGGUAAAAUAAUUCAAAUUUCUGUAUUAAUUUAGUCUAUGUGCAAGACGACUGUAAUGAAUGUUGAUUCUUGACUUGAAAAAAAGGUUUCCAGUAAUUUA